AUGUCCGGGCCACCGACGCACAUCCCCCUCCCGCCCCCGCCCUCCUGGCCCGACAACUUCCGCAUCGACCCCGACAACCCCCACACUCCCUUCUUCACCCCUCCGACUUCUCCCGCUCGUCCCCUGGCGUCCCCCUCCGCCUACUUCACCCCGCCCUCCUCUCCCGACCUCGACCUCCCCCUGCCCCCGCCCCCGCCCCAGCAGCCCACCGCUCCGCCAACACCAGGUCUCCCUACUGACGACCACUUUCCACAGCCGGUCGACCAUGCCCUAGAUCUCGCCCUCGACGACGACGGCCUCAGCACCCUCGAGAAGAUCUACCUCUAUUCGCGCAGCAAGGCCGCCUUUCAUCGCGUCUUCAUCGCCCAUGCCCUCCCCGAGUAUCUUCUCCACGUCACCCCGCAGGAGGCAGUCGAGUACGUCCUCCCGCUGCUAAGCGGUCUUGCCAUGGAUGACGAUGAACAUGUCAAGGAAGCUCUUGCGGCAGAGCUAGUCCCUAUCAUCUGGUGGUUCUUCACCGACUGCCAAAUUAUCCCCGAUGACCCCAAGCCAGAGGAGGCCUACGCGUCGUCCUCAACGACAGUCACUAUUUCCGUACAGGCAUUUACUCCAAUACUCGGCACAUUGCUGCUGAGUUCAAAUCCGAUGGUCGGAGGUGCUGCCCGUUUUGCAGUUGUCGAUCUUCUAUCGCGUAUGAAAAAGGCUGAUGACCGCCAAUUUGGAGCUUUCCAGAGGCGUCAUCACCAUCCUUCGAGUGACAUUAUUCACCCGUGGGAAAUCACAAGAACGCGAAGAGAGGACGAGGACGAGGACGAUGACGAUGAGGCGCCAUUAGCAACUGGUCUCUUUGGCCAUCGGGAACGUGCCAUGUUUACGCAGGAGAUUCUCCAGCAAGUCGUUAUCGGCAUGGGGAAAUUAGAUGUGGAUUAUGAGCCUGAACAGGAACCACCAGUGUCGCAAGGCCAGCAACACCCAGCCACUUCUUCUCAAUUCUCAGAAUCGAAUCCCUAUUUCCCCUCAUUAUCUUCACAGAGCUCUAAUGCCGAUCGACACGAAAAUGUAUCCAUGCGCUCUGUCAUCGAUCAAACAACCAGUUCUGCCGGUGCACAGUUUCAUACAGACGCACAAACAUCAUCACCUGCUGGUCCCAGUUCUGCCGGGACUCAAUUUUCAAACCUACAUGCACCCUCUUCUUCACACUCUGAUCCGGGCUCUCCAAUGGCUGUUGACACGAAUGAUUCCGACAAUUGGGAUGACGUAGAUGAUGGAGAAGACGAGCAAGCUGCUGUCGGCAGAUUGUCCUGCAUGUCUCUCAUGGCAGCUGUGACAGCUAGCGGUGUCCUGUCCAAGGAAACACAACUCGCGUUUGUUGAAGAGGUUGGGCGGGUGGGUCGCGACAACGUCUAUUGGGUUAGACGAGAGGCAUCAUUUGCCCUGGGGGCAUUGGCAAAAGUUGUGCCAGAGGAAGUAGUGAUUAAUUCUUUGCUACCUCUUUUUGAUGCCCUACGAUGGGAUGGAGUGUGGCAUGUUCGGCAUUCAGCACUUUUUGCACUUCCGGCCAUCCUCACGCGUUUAUCUCCUGCUCAAAGGAGAACGGUGGCUCUCGAAACCAUUGUCGCAUUGUCUGCCGAUCAUCACCCCACUGUUCGUUCCGGAGUGCUAGAAGCGCUUGGUGAAGUCAUCCAUACCUUUCAUGAGGAUCCAGAUGGACCGCCGCAGGAGCUGAUAUACCUUUUUCUCGGCCGAAAAGAGGACCGCCGUGUACGCGAUGGACAGCAAGAAUUGUCUGAGGAGAGUAUUCGCGCACAAACGCCGUUGGAAUCUUUCUUCCAAGACCCUAAAAGACCGUUAAUUUGCGCAUUUAAUUUCCCUGCGGUUGCAGUGACGCUCGGAGGAGGGCGAUGGGGGGAACUGCGGGAAGCCUAUCUCGACAUUGCUGCUAAUACUGGAAGCGGAGUUCGGAGAACCUUCGCGGCUAGUUUAGGCGAGCUUGCGAAGAUAAUCGGGAAAGAGAAUGCGCAAAGGGAUUUAGUGGAUGUUUGGUGGAGUAGUAUUCAAUCGGAUGAGGAGGAAGUCCGGACGAAAGCCAUCGAAUCAUUGCACGAUUUGUUAGAGGUGCUACAGAAAGAGGUAGGGAAACCACUCGUAGAAGGACUGCUGACGGCAUGGAAUGAGGGUAGAUUGCGCGGUUGGCGAGAGCGAGAGCUGAUAGAGAAAAAUAUGGUCAGUUGGGUUAAUUUGAUAGGUCUAGAUAACAUUUCGCUCGCUCGAGAUCUUCUCCAGAAGGGCCUGGAGGACGGUGUCGCUUCAGUACGAGAGGCUGCGACAUUGGCUCUUUCGGAGAUUUGGGAUGCUUUCGCGUCGCAGAAAGGUGCCCUAGAUACCAUUCGUUCUCAGCUUCAACAAUUGGCAGCAUCAUCAAAUUAUCGAAGGCGGAUGACAUUUAUCGCUUGUCAACAAACACUGGCGCUCACGACCAACCAGAAGGGAGAACUGUUGGUUUCGAGUGAUGCAGGAAUCCUGGAUUCUGUUGCUAAUCUAGCGCGUGACCAAAUUGAAGGGGUUCGCAUCGGGGCAGCUCGUUUUGCAGCUGUGACACACGCUGCACUGCUUCGUCAUGGACAUACAAUCCCGAGGAUGCUGGAGCAACUUGUGGAUGUACUAUUGCAGGACACUUCCCACGAAGUGCGAUCAUAUGUCGCAGGGCUGUCAUCCGGAAUACCACCUGGGAGAGAACAUCACAACUCUGGAUCAACAGCAUCACGCGGCAGAAGUGUACGGGGACGCCUGGCACAGCUGGCUACAUUUUCACGGCCGCCACGGCGGGUAAACUCUGAGGGAUCUGAGGGAGAGACUCGAUCCGGGGGGCGGUAUGAACUGGAAGCGGACGAAAGAAAGUCGAACGGGCUGCUUGGAGUGUAUACGGGGCUGCAAGCAGAACUGUUCCAGACAGCCGGCUCGAACGCAAGUGAGCGGUCCGUCGACCGGCUCUCCACGCUCUCUUCACCCCUCCUCCCCUAUGCGUCUGCCAUGCUCAAUCUCCUCCAGAUCCUCCGCUACUGCGUCUUUGCCGUCUUCCUUGUCGCCAAUGCUGUCAUCACGAGCGUCGCUGUCUGGAAUCUUAGCACAAUCGAGUCAAGCUCUGGUCUUCGCAAUGCCAAACAGACCGAUGGACUGCUUAUCUUUGUGGGAACCUCGGGGCUCUUGCUCAUUUUGACCAUACUCUUUUUCGAUCUGAACAGAAAACAUGCCCUCAUUGUCAGAGUUUGGUUCGAACUCGCAUGGGUUGGGGUUUAUUGCAUAUUCGAACUUGCUGCCGCUGCUGCUCUCACUGCCCAGAGUAGCAGCCAGAUUUGCGAUUCCACUCAGAUAUUGGCCACAACUAGCUCUUCGGCCUGUACGUCCGCUCAGGUGCUGCAGGCAUUCACUUGGAUAUGCGCGACCCUUUUACUCGGCUAUCUCAUUUUUCUGUCCAUCCUGACCAUAGUAAAGAAAAGAGACGACCCGACGAUACUCCACUGCGCCGUCAGUCGCUUCCCAAUCGUGGCCAACCAGAGCAUCAAGGACAAUGAUGGUGUGCGAAAUUUAUCACCAGAGUACCAGUACCCGCGAUUCGUGGGAGGGAACGCAGCACCUAUUAUUGCUGCACCCAUCCCACGCCUCCCCCCUACCCAUCGCGAGCCUAUAUUGUCGUACAAUUCUGGUCUGUCGUAUCGCUCGGGGCUAGGGCUGGAAUAUGAGAUUGAGCAUUACCAGUCACCAGAAACUGUGUUCCAUGCAGCGACAUCAGAGGAAGGUGGUAUUUCACGCCAGAGCGCCCUUCCCCUCUCUUUAGUACCCGCCCCAGCGCCUGUAGCUGUUCGUGACACUCGUGUCAUCGAACCAGAGAUUCAGAGGAACCCGCCUCCUAUUUCACAGCAGACGCAACAGAAACCCCCGCCACCGCAGCACCUGCUUCCACAGCACCUGCACCUCUCCUCCUCUUCGCCCUUCUACCACAGCUCUGUGCAGUCAGCCAUCAAAACGACCGAGCCGCAGGCGCCUGCGCCUGCGCGUGUCGAGCAGCAGAUACGUCGGCUGCCUCCCUCACCUCCUCCACUUGGUGACUGGCCGCGGCUAGACGCCACGUCCAGGCCGAGAGCGAAGCGGAAACCUUUGCCGCAACCUGAUUCAACUGAACAUCAUGAUAAUGUUACAUCCUCUGUACAACAACCUCCGCCACAGCAGCCGCUAAUAGAACAUCACAUUCAGCCGGGAACACGGCACCAACCUCUACCCCAUCCUCCUCAACCCCAUCCUCAACCUCAACCUCAACCGCUACCCCAAGUCCCUACACACUCUCGGCCACUACCCCGCGCCAAACGGACACCAUCCACGACAUAUACUCUUGACGCACGCGCGCUAACAGCUGCCCUAAAACCUCUGGAAGUGUCCCAAUCCAUGCGGUCAAAACCGUCAAGACCUUCAGGCCCCAGAAGGAAAUCUGAUUCAAUAGAUGACGGUCGGCCACCCCAAUAG